UUAGUUCCGGGUUUCCAGGAAUUGUAAACAAAUAAAAAAACAUACAUUUUCUUAGAAAUCAGAAAUAAGAAAUAAGCAGAACUCACUUGUGAGUUGAAGAUGACGGUUGUAGCGUUUUGUUUUGUGAUCGGAGCAUUAAUUGUUUCUUGUUACAGCUCGGAAUACUACUUCGUGGUAGCGCCAAAUGUUAUCAGGUUUGACCACCAGGAAACAGUAACAGUCAGUAUCUUUGGAAGUCAGCGCAAUGUAGCUGUCACGGUAUGGCUGGAGCACAGGAAUAAACAGAUAUCAACAAAAACAGUGACGGUAGCAGACGAACAGAACCCAGUUCAGACAACUUUGCGGGUAACGGAGGAUGAUCUGUUUGACAGUGUCAUUGAUGAAAAACCCAGGAAUAUCAGAAUUUGCUCCAGACGCGGUUUUGAGAGCAGCAUAUGUAGGGACUUGGUUCUAAGCUAUAAGACUGGAUACUUAAUCGUACAGACUGACAAGCCUAUAUACACUCCUCUGCAGAAAGUGAGGAUAAGAGUUUUAGCGCUUGACGAGUCUUUGAAAAAGGUUUCUGGUGACAAAUGGCAACUUUCAUUGGAUAUUGUAAGUCCAUCAAAUUUGACUCUAGGAAGAAGAGUAUUUACAAAAACUAAAGCAAGCGGGUUUUACCAAAAUGACUUUACGUUACCACCGUAUCCAGAAAUCGGAAUGUGGACGGCUCGUGCAUUUUACAUGGGACAGUUUGAAACAAUCGAGAGAGCUUUAUUUCAAGUGAAGGAAUACGUGUUGCCGACAUUUGGAGUGUCUAUUGAUGUAUCUGAGCCACACCUUCUUGAAUCUUUUACUGGAACCAUCACAAUCACAGUUAAAGCCACGUAUGUGUACAAGAAGGCAGUGGAUGGCAGCGCACGAAUAUCUCUGAAUAUCACAGACAGUAUGGGGGAUAGUCAGUAUCUUCUUGACAUGGACAAAAAAUCUCUUGAAAAUGGAAUAGGAGAAUUCAGCGUAAAUAUAAGCGACAUUUUUGCCACCGAUGCAUUAGCAGGCAAAGACUUCCCAGAUGGAAGUCGGCUUCUAGUUGUUGCUACAGUGUUUGAAAGUGCCACUGGAAAGGAGGAGAGUUCAUUUCAUGAUGACACAGUGUUUGCUACAAAACCUUACAUCUUCAAAUUUACACGAUCCAAACGGCAUUUUAGACCAGGAAUGGAAUACUUUGUGAAGGUGGAUGUGUUUACUCCAAACAAACAGCCAGCUUCUGGUGAGAAAAUUAAAGUUCAGAAAUUGGAUGACUCUGAUCAGGUAUUAGAAGAAAAAGAAACGACAACGGACGACAGAGGGCAGGCACUAGCCAUUGUUUCUACACCAAACUCGAAAAUUCUUAAGUUUAAGGUUUUAGGUCCAAAUGCUGUCCAAAUGAGUGAAGUUCUUGAAGUCACUGCGUACGAUGAUAAAAAUCAGAUACAAGUUGAACGUAUAAUUACUGACGACGAUAUAAUGUUGAUGAAAGCAUUUACAAAUAUACAGCUAGAUGCAUCAGGCAAUGCUAGAUCUGGGUACACGGGGAUGUUAUUUUUGAUUGUGUCUAGAGGUAAGGUAGUACAUACAGUUUUCAAGCCCCCUAGCAACAAAGUUAGUGAACAGAUCAAAGAAGACCUUCAGAAACUAAUCAACCCUACUGCCAGGCUACUGGUCUUCUAUGUAGAUGAAGGAACUGAUAAAGUUGUUGCAGACUCUAUCAAAAUUGAGGUCGACCCAAAAUGUAGAGGCGAUGAUCUGACAUUAACACCACAUCUAUCUGAAGUUCUACCUGGAGCAGGAGGAGAACUAACCAUUACUGGUACACCUUACACGUGGGUUGGUCUGAAUGCAAUGGAUAAAGCUUUGUUAUUACUUAACGACAAAAAUGUCUUGAGAAAGAAUAAGAUGUUUGAUGUCCUUGAGUCACAUGAUCUGGGAUGUGGUGAAGGUAGCGGAAAGAACAACGGAGAUGUCUUUAAGAACGCAGGAUUAACUAUUUUGACGAAUGCAAGAGUUGAAUCUGAUGUUGAUCGAAUAUCAGAGGAUUGUGUUGCAAAUGCGAGAAAGAAACGUGCAGCUGAUGAUUGCUUUGGCACCAGUAUAAAGUGUUGCAAUUAUGGCUCUUGGUAUGCAAAGACAGUAUUUUACGAAAAGAAGACAGGUAAAGAAAGGGUACAGCUAGAUUCCUAUACCUUGUGUUACACUUCUGCCAAAGCAUUCGCUGUUCACAAGACACUUGGAUAUUCAACAAAAUGCAUCCUUGCAAUUUUAUAUUCAUGCAUAGAACAGCUGGACACUUUGAUAUCGGGUAUAACGCGGCUUGCGUCAAGAUCUUUGAGUGACAUCAGUCAAUAUGCAUCUGAUCUGGAACUACUAGCACAACACAAAAUCCGGCCACAUAAGCGGACAGAUUUCAGGGAAUCAUUUCUUUUUGAUGAACUGCAGCUGAAUGAAGAUGGAGAAGCUAAAAAACAGUAUGUUUAUCCUGAUUCAAUAACCAGUUGGAUGAUUCAGGCAAUCGGGAUCACUAAAAAUGAAGGAAUAUGUAUUGCUGAUCCAAUAGAUGUUCGGACGUUUAGGGAGUUUUUUAUUCAGUUGGACCUUCCGUACAAGGCAACGAGAUUGGAAAUGUUUGAUGUGAAGGCCACUAUAUUCAACUACGGUACGGCUUUGGACCCUGACAAACAAGUCAAUAUGUAUUUAGAGGCUGUUGAGGGACUUUGCUACAGCAAUGAGCCAGGGAAACCCUCACCAAGAAAGUAUCUCGAGAUGAGUCCAAACAGUGCCAAUACUGUCAAAUUUCCAAUGGUACCACUGACUGAUGGACUGUUUCCAAUCACAGUGACAGCAAUUGUGACCAACCUUGGGAUUCCACAAGUCGACGUAAUUGAAAAGAAACUGCAUGUUGUCAAUGAAGGUAUACAGGAAAUUAUAACGGUUCAAGUUUGUCUUGAUCCAAAUGAACAACGAGAAGACUGUGAAAGUCACAAGAGGGUAACAACACAUUAUGGAAUAAGUACAAGCGCCGGAACUCGGGAACAAGUAUCUACAGUUGACUUAACACUGCCAAAAAUUGCCUUACCAGGUACUGGCUCGGCAACAGCCUACUUACAAGGCAAUAUAAUGGACAAUGUCGUAAAGACUAUACUCAGUGGCGUUGAAAGUUUAUUUCGAUGUCCGCACGGCUGUGGUGAGCAAACGAUUGCUACAACUGCCCCGAAUGUAUACGCCAUGAUGUACUUGAAGCAAACCAAGCAGAUCACGGCAGAUAUUGAGGUCACGGGAAAUACCAACAUUCGAAAUGGUGUGAAUAGAGAAAAGACCAUGUUCAGGCAUUCAGACGGUUCGUACUCAUGUUGCAUCUCACGGGCAACCAGUGUUUGGCUGACAGCGUUUGUGGCUAAAGUAUUUUGCCACGCUAAAACAGUAGUAGACGAUGUUCUUGACGAGCAAACGGACCUUCUUCCGACAAUUAACUUUCUAAACGACCAUAUAAAUGCCAGAGGAGAGUUUGUAGAGAUACUGGACAUUCGUUCCGGAUCAUGGUUAAAGGGUGCAACAGAAACGGGCAGUACUCCUUCACUAACUUCGUUUGUCUUGAUAAGUCUUCUAGAAUGCAGCAUUUUUCAUGUGGGUAUAAACCGAACAGUUGAUGUGGCGACUAGAUAUAUAGAAAAUUUAGACGAAAACUGGCUAAAAGGCAGACCUUUUGAUUUAGCUAUUAGUACGUACGCUCUUGCAUUGGCCAAAAGCAACAAAGCAAAUGAAUUCAAGAAAUGGUUACACUCAAUUCAAAAGAAAAACGGAAAAAAUAUUUACUGGGGAAACUCGGACAGUGACCCGGCUAACGCCUACACUGUCGAAACAACGGCAUACGCUCUACUUGCUAUGUUGAAGUUUAACGACGAAAAGAACGCUGCUUACAUUGUACGGUGGUUGACGUCACAACAAGAUUCUUAUGGUGUAUUCCGAAGCACACAGGACACUGUGGUAGGUCUACAGGCACUUUCUGAGUACAGUAUCAGAACGUAUUCACCAGAAAUAGAUCUACAAGUGUCCAUGACCGCAAACGGUUGGAGUGGGAAGCAACUGUCAGUAAAAGCUGAAAAGUUUAAACUGCAGCAGAUUGUAAACAAGUUGCCUGUAGAAAGAGGUGAUAACAAAAUGAAAGUUCUUGUGACUGGUACUUCCGGAAGUGGCAGGAUGAGAAUCGAGCUACGUUAUAACAGAGCAGCCAAAGAUGACGAAAUUUGUCCCUUUCGUAUAUCGGAUAUUGAAGUAGGCAAUGUAUAUAAAUAUCCAAUGGAUCAAAACAUUGCCAAGUUAAGGCAAUGUGAUGUAUGUGGAGAAUGUGCUGGUGACCCUGACAAUGUCAAUGAUCACUCGCUGACAACGCCCGAGCCGGCGCCCACGACUACGCCUACGGCUGAUAAUAUUUCAUCGAAUUUCGGUAGAAAGAAGAGACAGGCUAGUGGCAAGAGAGUAGAUAAAAUGAAAUGCAUACGGUUUAGUGUGAGGGCGAAGGAGGGACAUCAGCAUGGGAUGUCAAUGAUAUACUUCAACCUGGAAACCGACGUAACAGUUUUAAAAGAGGAUAUGGAAAAGCUUGUCGUGGAAAAUGAAAACCUUGACGAUUUUGAGAUGCCAAGCGACGGAAAAGGAUUUGUAGUAUUUUAUCUGAAUACGCUUACGUCACAUGAAAAUAAUUUUGUUUUUCGGCUUGUCGACAACUUUGAUGGUGACGUUAACUCACGACAGCCUGUUUCGGUGGAUGUGUUUGAUUAUUACAAUCCAGAUCAAUACUGUAGGAAGAUAUAUGGAACAGGUCUAAACCAGGACGUGUCUGUUGACUACAGGUGCGACUCUAAAAACACACAAUGCAAAUGUCUCCAGAGUACGUGUUCUAAGCCAGUGGAAAAUGAGAUUUCCAAAAUGAUUAAGAUGAUACAGAGAAACCCGAGACGAAAGAAUUUACCAAAACCAGCUCUGCAAUUGAAAAAGUACACAUGCAACCUAGAAAAGGCAAACUAUGCUGUUUAUGUUGAGGUGGAACAUGUAUGGCCAGACAUCGAUACCAAGAACACAAUGGCCAGGGCAGUUGUUAAAAGAAAUAUUCACCAAGGUGCUUAUGCGUACGAGAAAGACGAUGAGCUGAUAUUCUAUUGGAAAUCAAGUUGUCCCCAUCCUAAAUUAGAAGUCGGAAAACAGUAUUACAUUAUUGCCAAAGAUGGGCACGAAGUUAGUGCGGAUAAUGAACAAACUGAGUAUCAUUGUUCGCUGAUGGGCUCUGCUUUGGCAAUACAACCUUCAGCAAAGAUAAGAAAAGCGCUUAGUAACUAUGAAGCGUUGAUAAAGGCACAGAGAUGCAUGCAGUGAUGUGUAAGCAUAGAGAAACAACGGCACACUGUUACAGAGUUCGUGAUAUAGUUGAGUUAAAAGUGAGUAAUAUAAUAUGCAUUGCAGACAUGUACAUUUGUAUUGCUGUGAAGCAGUCGAGUUAAUUCGUUGAAUGACCAGUUUUUGUGUAUGCGUAAUGAGUGAUUACAUACCCAUAAAACGAAUAAUUGAGACUCUACAUUUAAUCUGGUUCAUUUCCAUUAAUGCUUUGAAAAAAUCAGGGCGGAUCCAAAACUGUUCUGGCGAACCUCUACUUGUGAAAUAGAACUUUUAUUCAUAACAUUUGAUGUUAAUUUCUCCUUUACAUUUGUACAUUUUCAUAAGAUAUCAAUUUUACCAAAUUUAUAGCAUUUUUGUUGGGCUGUUCACCGUUCCAAAUACUUCAGCAGCUAUAAUUUCUGCAUAAUUGCUGCAAAUAGGGCAUUGUAAGCAAAGCGAACAAAAAAUGUACUGAAAUAUCUGCUCUGUCAAAAUGUAUAUGCGCCGGAUUUAGAGAUGAGGUGCCCUCGUACUUUUUUUUCAAUAAAAAAGACAUGUAGCCUGUCUGUUCAUAUGUAUAUAUUUUACAAUUUUCAAAAUAAAUAGGACAUGUUCAUAGAA